GUUUAUGGAUAAGUAUUUCAAAAACCGUACUAUGCUAUUCAGCGGUCAACAAAUAAUCUAAAAAUGAAAACUUGUGCGGAGUUUUCUUUGCUUUUAAUAAUUUGGAUUUCUAUGUUGCAAUCCUUAUUUGCCGAAAAAGGACAAACUGCAUGUAUUGUGGGAUACUUGUGGGAUCAAACAAUCAAGAAAUGUAGACCAUGUAGUCCUGGAUAUUAUGGGGAGAACUGUGAAGGCGAAUGCCCGUUUCCAUUUUUUGGUCUGAAAUGUAUGUUAUACUGCAAGUGUGCUGAUAGAGUGUGUCAUCAUGUUGAUGGUUGUAAACAACUUCCAGAUGAAUAUACCAAGAUAUCGACACAUAUUUCUGAUGAACGAUAUAUCACACAGUCCACGUCAACGAUCGGAUCCAGUCAAAAAACGGGUAUGUUUGAAGAUACGAUGUUUGAUUCAAAACAAAAUCAAACGUUGUUUCAUCCAACAAACACAACAGAAAUCGAGUGGGUAUGCUCCGUUUUGUUUGGAAUAAUCGGACUAGCUGCGGUGUCGUUUUUCUUGACAAUGACUUUUCUCUUCACAUACAAACAGUGGAAACGUCAAAUUACCACGAGGACUCUAAAGGGUAAAAAUGGGUACCUGACACAAAAACGAGAUGGCUAUGUGAACAAAUGUGCAUUAGCGCCGUAAUUUAGCAGCUCUGCUUGUAUGAUCCCCAGGGAGUUGAGGAUCCUAUUGUAUGUACAGGUCUCCCCAGGAGGAAAUAGGUAGAAGUCAUGUGAACAAUUUACUUUAAAAGCAAGACUAUAAACCCUACCUUACCUUUUACAUUAAAAAUAUGUUUAAUAUUUUGCUUUCUUCGUAAAUAAAAUUUAAUAGAUGGUUGUACAUUUAUAAAAUUUGUUAUGAAGGGAAUUAAAGAUCAAUGAGCAAUUGAUGUUUUGUUAUUCAAUAAACAAUAAGGGUAAUUGGAUAACAUUAUUAAUAAUUAAAAUCAAGCAGGAAGGAAACCAUUUAGUUCCAUAAAAUUGUUAUAAUUGUUAUAAAACGUGUUAAUUAAUGUUUUGCAACAUGUCGUUACAAAUGAACAAUACCUCUGAGUCAGUACUUAAUUAUAUCAAUAUCGAAAUGAAAAUAAUCUUCGGAACAUUCUGAAAAAUGUGCAUAAUAAUGAUUUUUGGAAUGUCCUCUUCGGCUUCCACCAAUAUGUGUUCUGGAUGAGUUUUAGUUCUUCUUUUUGAAAUAUCUAUAGUGAUUUCGGGUUAAGGUUUAAGAAAGUAUUUAUUAUUAUAUUCAUUUAUUAUAUAUUUAAAAUCUAUUUCAUCGUUUUCGAAUG